AUGAUCGACAAAUUUCUUUCUAAAUUAUAUAAAUGUGAAUACCUUACAGAAACAGAAGUACAAGAAUUAUGUAAAAUAUCAAUAGAUGUGUUUAUAAAAGAAGAUAACGUAAUAAAUGUUAAUGGUCCAGUAACUGUCUGUGGUGAUGUACACGGGCAGUUUCACGAUUUAUUGGAAUUAUUUAAGGUGGGCGGAUUACCACCCUACACUAAUUAUUUAUUUAUGGGAGAUUAUGUGGAUAGGGGAUAUCAUUCUGUUGAGACUCUUAGCAUUUUAUUGUGUUUAAAAGUAAAAUAUCCAAAUAGGAUUUAUCUUCUAAGAGGCAAUCAUGAGUCCCGGCAGAUAACCCAAGUUUAUGGAUUUUUUGACGAGUGUAUACGAAAAUAUGCAUCAAGUAAUGUAUGGAGAUAUUUUACUGAAUUAUUUGAUUACCUUCCUGUUAGUGCUGUAAUUAAUAAUGAUACCUUUUGUUGCCAUGGUGGCCUUAGUCCAUCAUUUGAAACUUUAGAUCAACUUAAAAGCAUAGAUAGAAAGAUAGAAGUGCCACAUGAGGGGGCUAUGUGUGAUCUUUUAUGGUCAGAUCCUGACGAGACACAAGGAUGGGGACCAUCCCCUAGGGGUGCGGGAUACACUUUUGGUCCUGAUAUCACAAAUAAAUUUACAGCUACAAAUAAUUUGAAAAUGAUAUGCAGAGCUCAUCAAGUUGUAAUGGAUGGAUAUUCGUGGAAUCAUGAUAAACAUUGUGUAACAAUAUUUAGUGCACCUAAUUACUGCUACAGGUGUGGAAAUCUAGCAACUCUUAUGCAAAUGGACGAACAUGGAAGGUAUGAUUUUACACAAUUUGAGCCAUCUCCUGUUAAAGUGGAAGAUUUUGUUUUAUCUAAAAUACCAGAUUAUUUUUUGUAA